GUGUUGCCCCAGCUUGUGUGGGACGCUAAGGGACGCUUUCCUGGUCCUGACUUCUUAUGUCGCCUGGUGAAGUACCUUCAGGUUCUUGGAAUGUUUGCCUCCUCCUACAUGAUCGUGGCCAUGACAGUGGAUCGCCACUAUGCUAUCUGCUGCCCCCUGCAGGCACAUCGCAGCGGGGCCACGAAGCGCUGGAACAGCUUCAUCGUGCUGGCCUGGGUACUGUCGCUGCUGCUCAGCCUGCCACAGGUCUUUAUCUUUUCCCGUUCUGAGUUGGCUCCAGGUGUGUAUGAAUGUUGGGGCAACUUUGCCGAGUCCUGGGGCCUCAAAGCCUACGUGACGUGGAUGACGCUGGCCAUCUUCGUCCUCCCCGUUCUGAUCAUCACCAUCUGCCAGGUGCGAAUCUUCAAGGAGAUUCACAACAAUCUGUACCUGAAAUCAGACUGCCGCCUGUGCCCCGCUGCUCUCCCUCAAUUAAGAAAAGAAACCCAGAGAGGAAAAAGAGGAGGAGGAGAAGGAAAGUCUAAUGUCCCCUUCUAUGUUUCCCCCCUCGCGUACAACAACCCUGGAAAUGACAGCAGUUUGGACCCUGCGUCCACCUAUCAGCACCUCCCGAUGGGUGUAGUGUUUACCCUGCUGAUGCUGUUGGCCAGUCUAAACUCCUGCACCAACCCCUGGAUCUACUCCGCCUUCUCCAGCAGCGUCUCCCCGGAGCUUCGCCUGCUGCUUCACUGUCGGCUGCACACUUGGCGCCGAGCUUCCGAAACAAACGACUCCACCAUCACGCACACCUCCAACUGA